UGGGUCAUUUGGUUUCAUAUGCCAAUUUUUCGAUCUAAUGUUUUAUUUUGUCGAGAAAUUUAACAUUUCUUUCGUAAAAAUAGAGAAUGCAACUACAAGUUUAUAAAAAAUACAUUUAUUAUCUCAAAUCGAGUGGAGUUUGCAUCGUUUUUGUUGGAGGUUGCUGGCUAUUAUAUCAGCUACGCCAAAUUUCUGCGAAAGUUCGAUACGCUGUUUCGACAAAUGUAUUGAAUUUGGAGCAACUACACGUUCAGUAUAUUUACGUCGAUGAUCCUCGAUUUAAAGACGUCUUCAUGUUUCGAAACAAAGAGGAUCUUCAAUCCUCCGUGAAGGAGAAACCACGAACGCUUUCCUAUGUAAUAAUGAAGUGGUGGAAAUCCCUGAAUCGAAGUUUAGCCCACAGAUUAUUGUAUAUGGCUCAACAUGGCUCAACAAAAGAAAGAGAAAAGGCUGUGUAUUCAUUGAGUUCUCUGAAACAUUUGAAAGAUUGGCAUUACAGAGACGUGGCUCAAAUGCUCGACGCUAAAACUGCAGUUGCUUUAGCAAGAAUGAAAAAUGUGGAUUUGAGAUUUUUUCUGAAGCCACCUUAUUACCACGUGCAUCAUAAACUUUACGAUUUGAUAGAGGAGUUGCACCAACUUCUCUCAAAGCUGGAAAAAUCAUCCCAGAGUUGUCAUCCUUGUCUGACGCAGUUUCUCAAUAAAAAGUUCAAAGAUUUUCAUCGAGAAGGACUAAUAUUCGACCACGAUUUAGUGAGUGUCGGUUUAGCUGUGGCCCCUGCGAUAACCUGGGAUCAAGAAUUCCUGCAAAAUUGUGUACAAGCUGUCCAUCACCACGCGUCUCUGAAAGAACACAUCAAAGAUGUUGCAGACGCUGGAGGCCUUGCUAUAUUGAUGAAUGUUCAAAAAAUGUUCGGCACAAAUCUAAAUAUCAAUGUAUUACUUGCAAAAAUAAUCUCAAAUCUAUCUCUUCAUUCCGAAUAUCUGGAUGAUAUUUUUAAGUCAGGAUGGAUUGGGAUUUUGGUACAAUGGUCAAGAGACAAGGAUUUUCGACUGGCAGCACCUGCAGCAAGAGCCCUAGCAAAUUUGGACGUGGACGAUAACAAAGGAGAAAUUUAUCCUCCGCGCAUCUAUCCUCUUUAUCCCUUACACAGAAUUCAAGCCGAAAGGAAAAUGGACAUAAUUUUCAUACACGGACUGCUCGGUGGCGUUUUUGUAACCUGGAGGCAACGAGAUUUAAGCUCUUUACCUCCGGAGUUUGCAGAACCUUUUCGCGCUGAAUUCGGCCCGGAUUCUUUUUCUGAUAUGAUCGACGAAUAUCCACAAGAAUUUCUCAAGGAUUUGGCUCGGGAUUUAAAAAUGCAGGAGUGGAAACGUAUUGGUCAUGAUUUUGAAGUUAUCCUUCAUGACUGUCCUGAAAAUAUUAAUUGUCGAGCUUGUGGUCCAUUCACCUGCAAAGGAGAUGAUGAUUGUAUGCAGGAAAACGAGGAGGAGGAGCAUUGUAGAACUCAGUGUUGGCCCAAAGAUUGGCUUCCGAAAGAUGUGCCUUCUGUUCGCGUAAUUGGAAUUAAUUACGAAACGAAUCUUUCAAUGUGGACACCUUUUUGUCCAAUAGAAGGAAUGAGGAGUACAAUUAAAGAAAGAAGUGACGAAUUCAUUAGAAAGUUAAAUUUAGCCGGAGUUGGAAAAAGACCUGUCAUGUGGGUUUGUCACUCAAUGGGUGGAUUACUCGCCAAAAAGAUGCUAGUUGAUGAAUGGAAGAACGGCGACAAACAUAAUAUUUGCAAAAACACACGAGGAAUAAUAUUCUACAGUACACCACAUCGUGGUUCUCGUAUUGCUGCUUUAAAUCAAACAACGGAAAUGCUAAUUUGGCCAUCCGUUGAAGUUAAGGAACUUCGUGAACAAUCUCCGGAAUUGCUGAACUUACACGACAACUUCCUGAAGAUGCUGGAUAGGUUUCCAAUGGACGUCGUAAGUUUUAGUGAAACAAAAUCUACACUCGUCACGGCUUUAAAAUUUCGACUUCAGUUCGUCAAUCCAGAAUCUGCAGAUCCUGGAGUUGGUGAAUUUUUUGAGAUACCUCAAGAUCAUCUUUCGAUAUGUAAACCAGCAAAUAGGCAAUCGUUUUUAUACCAAAAAGUAUUAAGUAUCGUUAGGCGACAUAUUGGCGCUUCGGCUCACAAAUCGAAAAUACUGAAAGACUAUUUUACGAUGUCGAAUAAAGUUCCGUAAGCGAA